AUGUUAUGCUUUUUCAUCAUGUUUAUGUUUGCUCUUUCCCUUGACUGGUGUUGGGAAGGUGAUGUGUUACAAUGUUUUCAAAAGAAAAUAAAACAAUGCGACUCGUCUUUUAUUAUUUACACAAAUGAGUCGCUUAGUUACUUUGGUAAAGAUACAAAAAGUUUCAAAAUAAUGUGCACUUUAGUUUCUUCAUUAAUAAUUAAUAUUCCAAAAGAUUUGGCUUCAAUAUGGGUAUCAUUGAAUAACACACACCUUCUCAUUCAAAAGAAGGACGAAGAGUUGGUAAACAAAAAUGUUAAAAAAUCUGAAUUUUUUAUAUUUAAUGACAUUUCGAAAACACCAAAAAACAAAACUUCUUUUUUAAAAAGUGGAGGAAUUAAAUGUAAUGGUUUUUAUAACAACCAUUGUUCAAUUUGUCAUGAUACAUUAAAUAGUUGCAAAUAUUGUGAAAAUGGGUUUAGCCCCAUGUAUAACACAACCUAUAGCAAUACAGUCCAAUGUGCAAACAUUUUGACAACGAGGCAGUAUUGGUGGUGUGGCGCCAACAACGAAAAUACUGUUGACACAAAUGGUUAUUGCAGUGUCCAGAAUUGUGACAAUGGAGUAGGUAAAUCAAAAGGAAAUGCUGGGGUUUGUAAUCAGUGCUUAAGCAAUUAUCCGUAUUAUUAUGACAACAAUUGCCACCAAUGCAAACAAGGCUAUUAUACCAAAAAUGGUAUUUGUAAUCGAUGUAAUGGGUGUUCUUCUUGUUACAGUAAUGGGUGUAAAGAAGGAACGUGUUUAAAAAAUUAUUAUGGAAAACAAGUUUGGAAUAAUGAUCAACAGUAUUUCGAAUAUCAAUGUAUUCCAUGUGGAGUUGGAUGUUUUUCUUGUACUUCUGGCGGUUGUUCGGCAUGUAAUACUGGGUUUUAUUUUGAAAAUGGAGUUUGUGUAACGUGUCCCAACACAUGUUCUCGGUGUUCUACAACAAGUCCAGAGUGUAUAUCAUGCCAGCAAAACUAUGUGUUCCAAAAUCCCAAAACCCCCGAAUGUGAUUUUUGUUCUUCUUUUGACUCGAAUUGUAAAACAUGUGAUUCAAAUUUUCUUAGAAAAUGUUAUGAGUGUCAAAGUGGGUACUAUCCAUCUUCUUCGACUGACAUGUGUAUCAAAUGUUCUUCAACGUGUGAAUCAAAUGGGUGUAACACUGUCACUGGAGUAUGUCAAACAUGCGCUGAUGGAUACACAAAAACAACACCUCCAGGAAUAACGUGUGGUUCAUGUUCUGAUUUUGAUUCUAAUUGUGAAACGUGCUCAAAAACAUCCAGAAAAUGUGACAAAUGUAAAGUUGGUUAUUACCCACAAACCAAUUCACCAUUUACAUGUCAACAAUGUGAUGAUACAUGUGGUAAUAAAUGUGAUCAACAAUACGGGUAUUGUACUUCGUGCAAACUUGGUUAUGUUUUAAAACUUGAUAAACAGUCUUUAAUAUGUGAGUCUUGUCAAACAUUUGACCCGAAUUGCCAGACAUGUGCUUCAAAUGGAGAGAGAAAGUGUAUAACUUGUAAAGAUAAGUACAGACCUGCCAGUAAUGGGACUUGCAUCAAAUGUGAUUCAACUUGUUUGGACAACUGUGAUGGAACAAGUGGAAUUUGUACUAAAUGUGUGAGUGGCUAUGUUCCUUAUAACCCAACACAAACAACUUGUCAAGAAUGUUCAAAUUUCGACACAAAAUGUAUUCAAUGUACAACAAACAACACCCGCACUUGUAUAAAUUGCAAUAGCCAGAUGUACCCAUCUGAACAACAAAAUAAUGAUGUUGUUUGUGUUAAUUGUGACUCAACAUGUGCCGAUUGUGACACUACAAAUGGUGGCUGUAAAAAGUGUUCAACAGCAAAUUGGGUUGUCACAGAACCGAUAUCGAUACGAUGUGAGAUGUGUUCCACUUUUGAUUCAAAUUGUGAGACGUGUAUUUCUGAUUCAAGUCGUCUUUGUAUAACAUGCAAAAGCGGUCUUCGUCCAAACACAACAAGUGGGAAGUGUGUUGGGUGUGGGUUGCACUGUGUAUCUGGUGCGUGUGACCCAACGAGUGGGAUUUGCAACCAGUGUGAUACAAAUUAUGUGUUUCAGAGCACAAAGACUGACCAAUGCGAGAGUUGUUCAACAUUUGAUACCAAUUGCGCCUUCUGUUCAUCAGACUCAACUAGGAAGUGCAAACAAUGUAAGGCAGGGUAUUACCCGAAGACAUCUGGCGACUACAUGUGUCAGAGCUGUGAUGCAACAUGUGGUGGAAAGUGUGAUACAACAACUGGAGUGUGUGCUGGGUGCACAAGUGGGUAUGUACCAACAUCGCCAAUCACCAACAAAUGUGAGACGUGCAGAACUUUUGACACAAAUUGUGUUGAGUGUGAAACAGACCAGCGAAAGUGCAUCAACUGUCAGAGUGGAAUGUAUCCAAACACAAGUGGGACAUGCACCCCAUGUGACGCAACAUGUAAUGGGCAGUGCAACACAUCAACUGGUGUCUGUACAGGCUGUGUUACAAACUAUGUCUUUAAUGACCCACCAGACAAAGUGUGUGUUACCUGCAAAUCAUUUGACACAAAUUGCAUCACCUGUGCCUCAGAUAACACGCGGCGAUGUUACCAGUGUGAAGACACGUAUUACCCGGGCAGUGACGGUGUGUGUGUCAAGUGUGCAUCUGGGUGUGAGACGUGCAGCCCAAUCACUGGUGUGUGCUCAAAGUGUGUUACACAAUACGUCCCAAGUGCAAGCGACACCAAGUUGUGUCAGUCAUGUGAGUUGUUUGAUUCGAACUGUUUGCAGUGUGCAAGUACAUUUACGCGAACAUGCACAACAUGCAAAACAGAUGCGAUGUAUCCACAAAACGGAAUAUGUGUGCCAUGCGAUUUGCCAUGCAAUGGAAAAUGUGACCCAACCAACGGGAACUGUCGAAGUUGUUUGUCUGGAUAUGUGUUGACAAGUCCUGUUUCAAAAGUGUGUGAGAGCUGCCAGACAUUCGACAAUCACUGCCAAGCAAACUCAUGUGCGUCAAAUGGAAGCCGCAUUUGCACAAAUUGUAUGGUUGGUUACUUCCCACAGAGUGAUGGGAGAUGUGGACUGUGUGAUACAACAUGUGGUGGGAAGUGUAACACAGUAAGUGGGGUGUGCACCGGCUGUUCAUCCAACCACGUCUACAACCCAAGCAACACAAAGACGUGCAGAGCGUGUUCGUUGCUUGAUGCAAACUGUUCUAUUUGUGAUAACAACUUUGGCAAUGAGAAAUGUAUUUCGUGUAUAACAGGGUAUUACCCAGACAGCAAUGGGAAGUGCAUUUUGUGUGACAACACGUGUGGUGGUAAGUGCGACACAACAACGGGUGUCUGCACUGGGUGUCUUGAUGGGUAUGUCAAGAACGGGAUGAGCUGCAUCAGCUGUGCUGCCUUCAAUGCGGAUUGUGAGACGUGCGACAGCAACUAUGAGAAGAAGUGCACUGUCUGCAAGAACAACAAGUACUCAGUUGAUGGUGUCUGUGUGAAAUGUGAUGAAGUGUGUGAAAACUGCGAUGGUGUGACUGGGAAGUGCAAGUCAUGUAGUGAAAACAGUGUUGUACAGGCUGGCAGCACUGACACGUGUGAGACUUGCAGCACCUUCGACUCGCUGUGUGUGACGUGUGCAAGCGAUGCAACACGCAACUGCGUCAAAUGCACAACAAACAAUUACCCCGUAUUUCAACUGAAUGGCGAGAAAAGAUGCCAACAAUGCAACACGACAUGCAAUGGAAACUGUAACACAGAGACUGGCUAUUGCAAGAGCUGCUUGUCAAACUACGUCUUUGUCAGUGCAACAAGUCUUGUCUGUGAGAGUUGCAAAUCAUUUGAUCAGCACUGCACAACUUGCUCGACAACAUUUGAAAGAAGGUGUGUUACGUGUGACACGAAGUAUCGUCCUGAUAAUAAUGGUACAUGUGUUUUGUGUGACUCCACGUGUGCAAACAGUUGUGAUGGAAGCACUGGAUACUGCAUGUCAUGUGCAACUGGAUUUGUGUUGUCUGCAUCACCAUCACAGCACUGCAUACCAUGCGAACAGUUUGACACGUAUUGUGCUGAGUGUCCAGGUGGUGCAGAGAGGAAGUGCAGUGUCUGUAAGGCAGGGUAUUACCCGAAGACAUCUGAUGAUUUUAAGUGCCAGAGCUGUGACGCAACAUGUGGUGGCAAAUGUGACACAAUAACAGGAGUGUGUGCUGGGUGCACAAGUGGGUAUGUACCAACAUCGCCAAUCACCAACAAAUGUGUCACGUGCAGAACUUUUGACACCAAUUGUGCAAAAUGUGUUAGUGAUAAGAGAGAGUGUGCAAUGUGUGUGAGUGGGAUGUAUCCAAACACUGUAAGUCAUAUAUGUGUUGAUUGUGACGCAAGUUGUAAUGGGCAAUGCAACACAGCAACUGGUGUCUGCACAGGAUGUGCUACAAACAACGUCUUCACUGACCCGCCAGACAAAGUGUGUGUUACCUGCAAAUCAUUUGACACAAACUGCAUCACCUGUUCGCCAGACUUUUCAAGGAAGUGCAAAGUGUGUACAAUUGGGUACUAUCCAGAUGAAGCAUCUGGCAAAUGUGUUGCGUGUUCCACAAUACCAGAUUGCAACGCAUGUUCGUCUGAUGCAAAGAAGUGCCUGACGUGCAAAGAUCCGUUUAUUCAGAAGAGUGGCGGUUGUGAAAGCUGUCCAAUUGGAGAACACAAGUUCAGCGAGACAACAUGUUCAAAGUGUUACAACACAAUUGACAAUUGCAACACGUGUGAUACAAUUUCUGUUGGCAAAGCAAGAUGUAACUUGUGCAUUUCCCCUUACGUUUUGAAUGACACCAAAUGUGAAUUGUGCCAACCGAAUGAAUACUUUGACAACACAACAGGCACCCCAAAGUGUGUUAAGAAUGAUAUUAAUUGUGACAUUUUAUUAAACAAAGAAAGUUGUCUGGACUGCAGUGACACCUUCUUUGUUUCCAACUCAAAAUGCGUUUCCUCUGGUAGUUGUGAGUCACCAACUUUAACUUCGUGUGACUGUUCAGACCAAAUCUCGAUCAACUCAAAAUGUACAGUACAAAUAAAUCGCUGUAAAUACCAGAAAUCCAAGAAGGGUGUUUCAACGUGUAUUACAUGUGUUGAUAAUUAUACUUUGAAUAAUGGUAAUGUGUGUGAACAACAGAGUGUGUAUGGGUUGGUGAGAAACGGAGUGGUUUUCGGUUGUAAAGCAGGAACGUAUUUGACAACACAAAACACGUGUGACAGUUGUGGUGGAUCAAAUGCAGUGUGUGCAACUCAAAACAAGUAUUUGAAAUGUGGCGAUUCGACAAUACUUGAUAUAGAACAGAUGGCGUGCACCACCUAUACGCAAUGCAAUUCAGUUGUCGAUGGGCUGUGUGUCCAAUGCAAACAAAAUGACAUGGAAAUUAGCAAAGGAAAGUGUUCGAAAUGCGAGACUGAAAACUGUGAUAUCUGUGUUGGAGGAACGUGUCAAAUAUGCAAAGUGAAUUACUUGAUGUACAGCACUAAUCGAUGUGUUAACAAAGAACAAGUCAACUGUAAACGCACAAGCCAGAGUGGGUGUGCACAGUGUGAGGCUGGGUAUUACCAAGUUGACACAAAGAAUAUUGAAGGCAAGUACGACUUCUGCACAAAAGCGGAUGUUGAGUUGCACUGCAAAUACUACUCACUCAACACAACAAAAUGCAUUGAGUGCCAAGACGCCUUCAACAUGAAAGGUGGUGUGUGUGCUGAACAAUUUGACGAUCUCAAUAAAGUCAACGAAACAAAGACGUCAGUGUACAACAUGAAAAGUGCACUAAAAAAACAAGAAGAAGUCGACUGUUUGACACGAAACAACAAAGGAUGUCAGCGAUGUCCAAAUGGGUAUUACCUGAACAAAAACAGUUGUGAGAAGUGUGUGAAUGACUGUCUGAGUUGCUACAAUGCAACAUAUUGCACCGUAUGUAACCGUGGAUACUUCCUUGACUUGUCUAUGAAAUGCCAGACACUUGGUGAAUUGGCCAAAAAGUGUGAAGUGACAUUACCAGCUGGUGGAGGUUGCGCUAUUUGCAAAGUUGGGUAUUACAAAGUCGAGAAAGAUUGUGAUGCGUGUGACGAGUCGUGUGAUAUGUGUUUGAAGAAAGACGAGUGUUUGUCUUGUAAAGAUGGGUAUUUCAAAAUUCAAAGUGAAUCAAACAAAUUAUGUUCAUCAAACACAACACUCUCAAACUGUUUACAAUCAAAUCUCGAAGGGUGUAUACUAUGUAAUGAGUCUUUCUUCUUACAAAAUGGACGCUGUUUUUCAUGCAAAGAAAGUUGUGCGACUUGUGUAAAUAGUGAAGAGUGUUUAUCCUGUGGAGUCGAUGAAAUCUUAGUUAAAGGAGGUUGUGUCGAUUACCACACCGUAUUACAUUGUACAUCAGCAGACAACUCGAAGUGUACUUCAUGCGAAGGGAGUAACAAAGUCUCAGAUGAUGGUGAGAGUUGUGUUUCUAAGACGAAUUAUGGAGUAGUUAUUGGUAUACCUGUAGCCAUCUUUAUCUUCUUUAUAAUCAUUAUCGCAUUGAUAUUAGUUGUAGUCUACCUCCUCAUAUUAAGUCGAAAGGAGAAGAAGAAAAUGAAAAACAUCUGUGUCUUUGAAAUGAAGCGAUCGAACAUUGAAAUGGUUCAAAUCAAUUCAGUUCUAUCUUCAAAUAAGAAGUUGAUUAAAUUCAAUUUAGAGGAUGACUCUUCUAUUCCAGUAGAUGAAGAAACAAGGGAUUUGAUAUGUAUUGGAAACACAUCAAAACACAACAUGAAAGUCCAGUUUAGUGUUAUAGAAGGGUGUGACCACUAUGAAAUACGGACAGUGCCAACUUUAAUAACUUUAAAAAGAGGAGAAGCUUGUGAAUUUGAGAUAUUUAUCAAGCCUUUGUGUUCAUGCCAUUUAGAAGAAGAUAUUAUGGUCAUUGCACUUGACAUAGAAACUGGUGUACAAUAUAACGAGAAGAUCAAAGUCGAGACGUCCACUGCGAACUCCACAAAAUUGGAUUAUCAUGAGUUGAUUGAUGAAAAGAAGCUUGGUGAAGGCUCUUUUGGUAUCGUUUACAAAGGGAAAUACCACGAAAAGACAGUGGCAAUCAAGAAGAUGAAGAACGCACAAGCGACAAAGAGUGCAAUAGAGGAGUUUACAAAGGAAGUUGCAAUGUUAGACAAAUUUAGAAGUGAUUACAUUAUCCACUUUUAUGGAGCGUGUUACAUCCCAAGUCAUGUGUGUAUGGUCACCGAAUUUGCGGAACAUGGAAGUUUGGCCGAUAUGUUUAAUAAAGAGCAACAAAUAGCAGACAAGAUGAAGGUGAAGAUCAUCUUAGAUGCUACAAAAGGUAUUCUAUAUUUACAUGAAAAUGGCAUCUUACACAGAGACAUCAAACCAGAUAAUAUUCUUGUUAUUACAUUGGAAGAGAACAUCAAAGCUAAUGGCAAAUUGACUGAUUUCGGGUCAUCUAGAAACGUCAAUCAAAUGAUGACUAAUAUGACAUUUACUAAAGGGAUUGGGACUCCUAAAUAUAUGGCGCCUGAAGUCUUGAACAAACAACACUAUAAAAUGUCGUCUGAUGUCUAUUCUCUGGGAGUCACGUUCUAUGAAGCACUUAUAUGGGGUGAAGCAUAUCCAAAACAAAGGUUCAAAUUUGCUUGGAGUAUCGCAGACUUUGUUACAAGUGGAAAAAGACUGGAAUGCCUUGACAAUAUGAACCAAGACGCUUACAACAUCAUUUCAAAGAUGUGGGAAAGUGAAGCUGAUAAGAGAAUUAAAAUUGAAAAAGUGGCAGAACAACUCCAGACGCUUCUUGACAUAAUCAAUGAUAACAACAUCACAAGCAAAAAGAACAUCUCUGUUACAAUCGUUGAUCUCUUAAAAACCGCCGUGCAGACUUUGCGUUUUUUAAAAACUCAAUUAGAUAAUUUUAGGAAGAAGGAACAGGAAAAUAAAAUAAAAUUUAAAUUAUUUGAUUAA